UCAGUAAUCCAUACAUGGUAAACAGCGCGGGUGUGCCAGUGCCGAAGUCUUCGAGAACGCAUGCGCUAGUUUUAACUACUCGUGCUUUAAGUUCUAAUAUGAAAGUAUUAAAUAAUUUUGUAAGAAUAACAUCAUAAGUCUUUUUAACGCGUGUUGUGCGAGAUUUUAAAGUAACAAGUUAAUAUUAAGAAGUUUCUUCAUCAGUAAAAGAUGUCUUUUCGCAUCGUACGCAGCAGUAAGUUUCGUCACAUUUUUGGACAACCAUUGAAGCGUGAACAGUGUUAUGACAACAUUCGGAUUACGUCAAACUCGUGGGAUGCCAGCUUCUGUGCUGUCAAUCCUAAAUUUUUAGCAAUUGUUAUUGAAGCUGCUGGUGGUGGAGCUUUUAUGGUGCUUCCACUUAAUAAAACUGGCAGAAUUGAACCCAAUUAUCCUCUAGUAAGUGGACAUAGAGGCCCUGUUUUGGAUAUUGCAUGGUGUCCUUUCAAUGACAACGUCAUUGCCAGUGGCUCAGAGGAUGGUAUCGUACGAGUUUGGCAGAUACCGGAUGGAGGCCUAGUUCGCCCACAAACAGAUCCUAUUGUUGAACUGAUUGGUCACCAAAGGAGAGUUGGUCUAAUUCUUUGGAACCCAGUUGCCAACAAUGUUCUCUUAAGUGCAAGUGCUGAUUUAAAGAUUAUAAUUUGGAAUGUUGGCACUGCCGAAAUAUUAUAUUCUAUUAAUCAUCCUGAUCUCAUUUAUUCUGUAUGCUGGAACUGGGAAGGAAGUCGGAUUGUUACUACUUGUAAGGACAAGAAAAUUCGGAUCUAUGAUCCAAGGAAUGGUGAUAUGGAACAGGAAGCUUUAGGGCAUGAGGGGGCUAAGCCUCAAAAAGCAAUAUUCUUAAGAAAUGGAUUAGUGUUCACAACAGGGUUUUCUCGAAUGAGUGAAAGGCAAUAUGCAUUGAGAAGUGAAGUUGCCUUAUCUGAACCCAUUGUUCUUGAAGAGCUUGAUACAAGCAAUGGAAUUUUAACUCCUAUUUAUGAUCCAGAUGUUAAUUUAUUAUAUCUAUGUGCAAAGGGUGAUAGCAAUAUUCGAUACUUUGAAAUCACUGAUGAACCUCCAUUUGUGCAUUACAUCAACACUUACCAAUCCACAGAACCUCAGCGUGGUGUAGGUGCUAUGCCAAAACGAGGCUGUGAUAUUCAUCAGUGUGAAAUUGCCAGGUUUUACAAAUUACAUUCUAGAGGCUUCUGUGAAGUUAUAACAUUUACAGUACCAAGAAAGUCUGAACUAUUUCAAGACGACUUGUAUCCGGAUACAUUAGCUGAUACACCUGCCAUGUCAGCUGAAGAGUGGAAGGAUGGGAAAGAUGCUGAACCAGUUCUUAUGAGUUUGAAAGAUGGGUAUAAACCAAGAGCUCAAGAAUUCAAAUUAUCUAAAAGUAAAUCAAAUAUUUUAGACAGAAUGCCUUCUAAGAGUCGAGAAAAGACCGAAAGUGUGCCAAAAGAAAAACUCGAUGAAAUAAUGGAAGAAAUUCGCAAGCUUAAGGGUACCAUACUUAAACAAGAAGUUCGCAUUAGAGAACUGGAGAGGAAAGUGGAAGAGACAAAACCACCUGCACCUGAAGUGCCUCCUGAGGAAAACAGUAAGCAAAAUCAAGUUAACAACAAUCAUCAUGAGCCAGUCAGUAUCCUGGUUGAUGAAAUUUAAAAUCACUUCCUUCAUGCCUUCUUUUUACAACCCAAGAAAUGAUCUACAUUUUGUAUGUAUUUCUUAUACACAACAGAGGAGACUUGUAACGUAUUUUUUCGAUUUUGCUUUCCAGCCAGAGUAGCUCUUUGCAUUGUGCAUGCAAAAGUCAGUUGCUGUGUUUGGAAAGUUUUUUUUUCUAUUUAUAGCUCUCAAAGAAACCUUGUGAUAUAGAUGAAAAAAAAGACUACUCAUUCUCAUACUGCAAGUCUUGUGGGAGUAAAUUGUAUUUGAGUGUGUGUGUUUGUUCGAUUGGUACAUUUUUGGAAGUCUAAUUGCCUUUUGUGAUGUAUGUAAAUGAAUUGGUCAUUUAAAAAGAAACACACCAAUCAUUCGUAAUUCUAUUUUAAAGUAGUUUUUUAAAAAUAUUCUUAUUGUAAUGUUCUUUCAAAAAAAGAAAAGAUUGUAAGGAAUGUCAUUUUAAUGAACAGUAUCGGAGGAGUUAAAGAAAAUUUUUACUGUGCAAUAUUUGAAUUUAUAAAUUAUAAUUUAAUGAAACUGUCUAAUUACAGAAUAGACUGUCAAAAAGAAUUUACCAAUGGUAAAAUUUGAAAACCUUGUGUAAAUUUGCUGCUUAUUUUAUUAGGAGAUGCUAAGGGAUGUUUUUUUCUCUCUUCUCUUUAGAAAGAAUUAUUUUAUUUGCUAGUCAUAUUACAAAAAAAAGUAUCAAUUUCUAAAUUGAUUUUUUAUUCUUUUUUUCACAUUUAGUUAUUGCAAUUGUAUUUCAGUGAAUUACAGAUUUAAAAUAGUUAUUUUCAAAUACAGAAAAGGAAUUUUGAGAGAAAAUAUCAGUAUUUUCUCCCUAUUUCUGUUAAAGGUUUUAUUAUUGUUAUUUUAUUUAUUUUUUUGAAUGACCGAUUCCUGUAGAGUGCUCAACUUUCUUAGUAUUUUCAUAUUUAAGGAUAUUAAUAUGCCUUCAAAAUAAGGUUCAUAUGAUUUGCCCAUUGAACCUUAUUAUUUUAAUAUUUCUUUAAAUUUUGGAAAGAAUAUGUAAAUAAAUUACUGACAGUGUCAGUCUUAGUGUCAUGACAGUAAAUUUGGUACUAAUAUACUAAACGUUUUAUGCUGUAAAUAUGAUUGUAAUGCAUGAUUGAGCUAAGAAUUUUUCACAAUAUUUUUCAAUACCUGUAAUGCAUUUUACUACAGAUAACUUUUUACUAUUUUAUAGAAAGCUUUAUUUAUGAUGCAGUUUCUAGCGAAAUUUCUUGUGCCAAUAUAUGCAUUGUAUAUGUAGCACCAUCUGUUUAUCUAUUUGUGAUGUCUUGCACUUAAAAAUAUAGUUUUUCAUCUUGAUGUGAUAAGCAUUUUGCUUUUUAAUUUUUUUUUCCCUUAUAAAGUUUUCAGCUUUUAUGAACUUUCUUUUUGCCAAGGAAAAAUGCAGCUUGGUUUAAAUCUAGAAUUAUAAAAUACUUAAUUUAUUACUUUAUAUUUUUUGUUUGAUUCUGUUUAUAAAAAAAUAAUUAAUUGCAAUCUAAUAUAUUUUUAAAGCAAUCAGUGUUUAAUGGAAGAUUUUGAAUGAACAAAUUUUUUGUGUUCAUGUAUAUUCUUAUUAUAAUUCAGUAUAAUAAAAUAUGAUUAAUGAAUUUUCAAUUUCGGUUAGCAUAUCACUUGCUCAAUAUUGCUCAAAAUAACUUCUUAUAUUUCCUAUAUGAACAAUUUCUUUGUUGUAUCUUUUAGGUCUUUGAAAUAUACAAAAUGUUCAAGUUAUUUUUUAUGUCCAUUUUAACAUUUACAGACAUUGUGAUUUACAGUAAUAACUUUAAUUGUCUUAAAUUGAUUGAUCCUAGUUCAGACUAUUAAAUUUCCGUAGAACAAAAUUUAGAAUGUAGUUGUUAUAUUUUGAUACAUUUUGUAUGCUAUAGUUGCAAAAUGUUAGCACGUAAAUUUUGGAAAUAUUUAAGACAGCAAGUCAGCAAAAUAUUAAGACAACUUAUAUAUAAGUAAAAUAUAUAUAUAUUUACAAGUUUUAUUAAUAAAUUUUAAUGAAAUAUUUAGUAAUUCAAUGUUUCUUUUAUUACUUCUGCUAUAAUGUAUUUAAUUUCAGCCCUUCAAAAAAAUUAACUGUAAAAACAAUUUAAACAUUUUAAGUAAAAUAAAUUUUUACCUAUUUUGAAUGUCUUAUAUAAACUCAAUGAAUAAAUAUAUUGUAAAUUUCCUUUUUAGUUUUGUAAAAUUCUUAAGUUAUUAAAUUUUCCAAAUACUGUAAUGCAGUUUUAUUCCCUCUGUGAUGUGACUAUUCUUUACUGAGCAGAAUAAUUACCAUUUUACCUUGGAAAUAUAUGAACUCAAAUAUGAAAAUGUAGUUAACCUUGUAAUAUUAUUAGUAUGAUAUAUAGUAAAUUGUAUUGUAUAAAUAUAUUUGAUUGCUUUUGAUAAUUAUAUUUGUUAGAAUUCGGUCAUGAAAUAUUUUUGUAUGAUAUGUGAAGCUUUUUAUUCCCUUUCUUUGAUUUGUGCUUCAAGGAAAUAUGAAUCUGAUAACAUUGUGCGCCAACUGGCUUUUAUAUGUAACACUUAAAAUCUAAUUUUGUGCAUUGCUGUUAUUUGCAAGAUCUCAAAAUUGAUAUUUUAUCUGACGGAAUGUUGACAUAUAUGUACUUUCUAGCAUCAAAAACGUUUAAAAUAAUGCUGUAAACAUGUUCUCAUGAUUUUUUUUACAACAGAAUGAAUCUCAAGUGCUUUUUUAACUUUUGUAUUACAAUUUGUAGUAUUUUUAAUAAAGUAGUAAAUAGCCUUACUGAA